UAAUAUCUCCUGAAACCAGUGUCUCAAUCUUCAGUUGGCAAGUGAAUCCGUACGGGCAGGGAAAGCCAUCUACUUAUUUGGCGGUAUUCGACAUUAACCGCUGGUAUCAUGCUCAAAUGCCAGAUUCACUAAGGCCAGAAGAAUUCCUUCAUGACUGCCCGUAUUUUGCAUUGUGGUCACUGGAUGCUGUAGUCAGCCUGUCUUCUCCAAACCGCAUUUUGGAUAUUCUGGUGCAUGAGCGGAGUCUAAGUCGGGGGGUUCCUCCUUCUUACCCGCCACCUGAGCAGUUUUUUAAUCCAAGAACUCCGUGGUGUUACUCAACACCUGAGCAGUUUUUUAACCGAAGCACCUACACUUUUGAUGGUUCGUGCCUGCUGGACUCCGGAGUUGCUCAUGUGACUUGCACCAGCUUCCAGAAGGAGACCUUGAAUUUGUUAAAGAAAUCUGGUCCUUUGAUAAGUGAGACCAUUCAUGACAGCUACAAUAGGUGCCUUGUAGCUGGCUUGCUGUCUCCACAACUAGUUGAUGUCCAGCCAUCCAGCUUGAGUCAGGAGGAGCAGUUAGAAGCGGUAUUAUCAGUGGCUGUCCAGACAAGUUCUUUGGAACUUCUGACUGGAUGCAUUAAACAUUGGACAUCUGAAGAGCAGCCAAGUUCAGCUGCUAAUUUACGGGUUGUUCUUGAGUGGACAUGGAACAAAGUGAUCCAUACAAAAGAUGAAUUUGACCAAAUAUGUGUUCCGCUGUUUGAUGGCUCUUGCAACUUCACUGACUCACAGACGUUACAGUCUCUCCAGCACUGCCAGUUGCUCUUGAGCAACCUUAGCAGAGUCCUUAACUGUUUUCUGACAGAAGCACAAGUGCUUACUGAAAAAGGUUUUGCAGACUUGACAAAGAAGCAGGUGGUAAUUAGCCUCAUAAGUUUGUAUGCACAAGUGGUCAUCUGGUUCUGCCGAUCCAGUCUCCUUCCAGAGGGUUUAGAUGAUGACAUGCAUUUGUCUAGACCUUUCUACAAUUAUCCUCAGAUUCAGAGCUACUAUACUGGCCAUAGACAGAAACUUGAGAGCUUAUCAAGAGGAAAAUGGGAUUCUGACUGCCUGAUGAUUGAUGGAAUGGUUUCCCAGUUGGGAGACCAAGUUCAGAGGUUGUGGCGAAGAGAUGAAGGAGGAACUGGGAAAUAUCCACCUCCUAGUUUACAUGCACUGCUGGAUCUCUAUUUGCUAGAAAACAUUGAAGAAAGCUACAAACAUGCAAUUACAAUUUACUUGCUGCUAGAUAUCAUGCAUUCCUUUCCGAAUAAAACAGACACUUCAAUUGACUCCUUCCCAACUGCCUUUGCUAUCCCUUGGGGUCUUGUGAAGCUUAUUCAAGGCUUUUGGCUUCUAGAUCAUAAUGACUAUGAGAAUUCGCUGGCGCUGCUCUUACAUCCUGCUACAAUCAAAACGUCAUGGCAACAUAUGAGAAUUACUCAGUCCCUCAUGUGCCAAGGAGAGCACAGGCAAGCCCUCAGAUACCUACAGAUGAUGAAGCCAUCAGCGUCAAGCAGUAGUGAAGUGCAGCUUUUGCUCAUGGUGCUGUUGUCCAAUAGGUGCAUGGUGGAAGCUUGGGCUCUGUUGCAGCAACAUACCACUGAGUUGACUAUAGAAGAGCUGUUAAAACAUAUGUAUGAAACGUGUCAGGAGAUGGGACUCAUGGAAGACUUACUGAAGCUACCUUUCACAGACACUGAGCAAGAGUGUUUGGAGAAGUUUUUACAGAGCAGUGGUGGUGUUCAGAAUCAGGAAUUUCUUCUAGUCCACCAUCUGCAGCGUGCCAACUAUAUCCCAGCACUAAAGCUGAAUCAGUCAAUGAAGGUUAACCUUGCG